ACCAAUCAGUGGCCUCGAUACUCAACGACAGCAACAAGCGGCUUUCUGAAAAUUAGUGUUGUUUCUGACUGAAAGAUUCGCGAAUGAUUUGAUGUUUUUUUUUUAUGAUGUCAUGAUGUUUGUUGCUGUUUUCUGUCAGGUCUGAACUGCGACAGACAAACGUGUCGGUGCGAUAGAUAACGUUAGCGUCUACUUUAGCAUGUAGCAUUUAGCAUUACGUGUAUGUGCUUAGUGAGCACACUGAGAGCUCGAGUUUGACAUAAAUCUUUAUUACUAUAUAUAUUUUUUUUAAUUUCCCGACAAAGUUUGGUGAGUUAACAACAGUUCACCGUCUUAUCAAGUAACGCACCACGUCACAUCCGGUCUUUAUCGCGCGCACUUCUUGUACACAGUUGCAUGAUUAUCUGUAUUAAAGGUAAAAUUCUCCCUGAAACACAACGACACGUUUGUGUUGUAGUUUUUUCCGCUUUACCGCACAACUGCAACACCGGCCCGAGUUUGUUGUUGUUUGUUUUAUUCCUGUGUGAGAAGCCAGAGGUUGUGUGUCGUGAUGACGUCACGUGGGGACACCAGAAGUCCCCAGUGAUGUUUAGUAAAAAAGAGAAAACACAAAUCAACAAGUUUGUCCUUUUAAAUCUCAUACUUUUAUCCUAUUGCAUGUCAGUUUGUAGCACGGAAUUAAAAUUCUGAUUCCCCAAAGGUUUGAGACGUCAUGGCGUAUCCUCCGAGUAAGCGACACAGAGGACCGAACAGCGAAGAUCUACCUGGGACAGACGCCUUCGGGGACGAAGAAGACUUUACGCAGGACGACUUGGAGGAAAUCGACAUCAUCGCAUCACAGGCCAUCACAAGAGACGUUCAAGCCACAAGCAGCAAGAGAGGAUUUGCAUCCAUUGCUGUUUAUCCAGAGCAGAACAAAGCACCUAUAAGAGAAGGCAGGAAAACCUUCACCAUUGGAAACAGCCAUCCUGGCAGCAGCAUGACUAACAGCAAGGAAGCCAAAAGAAAUGAUACUUCUGGAAAUGGCCAAGAAAGAGAUGAACUCUACUACAGCUGUCUGGAAGCACAGCAAGCAGAGUUAAAGAGAAAGCUGAAGGAGGUAGAGGAGCAGAUUCUGAUGAAGAACGGUGAAAUCCGUGUUCUGCGAGACUCCCUCAGACUGGCCAAUCAGGAGAAGGAGCAGCAGAGGCAGACUCACCUCCAGCUGGACAGAGAUAAAGCUCUUAUCCAGAGUGAAAAAGAGAAGGAACUUUCAAAGAAGGUGGAGUCUUUAAAAUCCGAGUUGCACUUUAAGCAAGCUGAGAUGAAUGAGAUGAGGAUUAAACUGCAGAGUUCUGAGCGUGGUGUGAAGGUCGUUGGCACGCCUGUUAGAAACAGUGUGAACUCCCCCGGAAGCCGAGCGUUUGUGAGUAAGGAGUCCUUCUCUGCUGACCUGCCUGUAAAACCAUCAGCUGCUAAAAGCCAGCACACGGAGGGUGGGAAACAAAACCAAGAGAAAAUUGAUAAAAAACACAUGAAAUCAGCUGCAACCCGGGAUGCAGACGGGAUUCAUCAAAAAGGACCUGUAUUAUUGAAUCUGCUGCUUCAGCACCCUUUGGAGCCAAGCUCUUUAGGCCUUUGUCAUUUGCUGUGCAUCAGUCCAGAUGCUCUGCCUGCCAUAUUCACCCAGUCAGACUACACUAGUCCCACAUCUUCAGUUGGUUCCAGCACGUCCUCUACAGAUACCCGGCUGCUCCACCAGCCUCGAGUGCACUUCUAUCAGCAUCAGAGUCUGGCUAUGUCAGGACUGGCCAUGCUAACACACUGUGCUCCCACUCAGUUCCUUAGAAGGUCCUGCCCCCCUGCUGUCCAUCUCCUUCCUUUACUUCACUACCACAUUAGCCUUUACUGCCAGACCCUUGAGACCCUUGACAGGUCAGGAAAGAGUCCACUUCAAUCCGGUGCACUAUCAGGAGCCUCAGACAGCAGCUCUGCUUCCACAGUCGAGGAGUCUUUAGGUGCUCAAGAGGAGUUUGCCUUGGCGGCUAUAAAAGCUCUUUAUCACAUUGUGUGUGAAAGCAGUGAAGCCGUAAACUCUGUUCUGGCUGGUCAAGAGGGAAAGGAUUCAGAAAAGCCCAGUGAAAACCUACUCCGGCAACCUCAGAGUACUGUUCAAGGCAGCACCGUAGAGAACGCCUGUGAUGAACUGCAGUCACACAGUCCUCUGCUUAAGAAGCUCUUCCAGUUGGUGGAUUUAAAGUUUGUCAUUAACGCGAGUCAGAGAAAAGCUGUAGUGAACUGCUGUCUCAGGACUCUGUGUGCACUGGCAGAGAGAGCCGAGGAGAGCCAACUGUGGAGAUUGCAGGCGGUGUUGGCAAAUCAGACUGUGACCCAAAACCUGUCUCUGGAAUCUCCAUACAGCACCAUGUGGCUCUUUGUGAGAUUAGUGGCACUUCUGUUGGAUUGUGACAAAAUAGUGAACAAGCUUUGCUCUCAUAACUAUGUUUGCCCAUUUGUACGACUUUUCCAGUAUGUGACCUCCAGAUCAAAUAAAGUCGUUACUGAAGACAUGUGGUCACGUUUGGAAGUUGAGGUUGUCCGAUUGCUGUCCAAGCUGUUUAUGCAGAAGACAUCAACAUGGGCUGCUCUCAGUGCUGAAUCCAACUGCCCCUGCAGCAGUGAGGUUGUCCGGACGGUGGUGGUGGUCUUACACAGACAGUGGCUUAGUAUCAAAGGCCAGGAGAAGCACGUAGGUGGUGUUCAGACGUGGACGACUCCAGGUGUUCACUCACUGAGGGAGUCUCUGCUGUUACUGCACUGGCUCCUCCUCAAUGACUCAUCUUUCUCCAUACACUGCCUGGAUGUGUUGCACAUGUACCAUCAGGUCAUCCCUGCCAUCAGAGACACACUCCGUAGGAUCCCUGACCUCUCAGAGAGCGAAGAACUGGCUAUAGAGGAGAUCUGUCGACCAGAUGCAGAGGAAGUGGAAGAUAUGGAUAUGGACGCAGGUUCUUGACCAGAAGGGAGGAUUUAGAAUGCUGACAAGCAUCCAAGUGUUUCUUUUGGUUGUCUUUUGUCUGUGUGUUUGUCUGUUAAUUUUCACCACUAUCCUUAAUUAAAGCAAACUUAAAGUGCA